AUGGCCGCGCCAAACAAGUCUUCGUCGAGAUGGGGCUCGUUCCUGUCGCAGGCCGUUGCGGGCGUCGAGUCGCGCCUUGACAACAUCCUCACUGAAGAGGAUGGCGGCAGCAAUGCGCCAAAGACACAGCAGCAGCCUAAACCUCAGCCGCAGAUGCAGGCGCCGACACCGGCCAGCGCUGUGCCUGCGGCAGCCAAGGCCAGUCCGAAUGCUUCCCGCUCAUCCUCGAAUAAUCGAGCCAACGAUAGGCUACAGGCCAGACUAGCAAAGGCCAUGGCUGGCAAGGCAGCAGCGCAGGCCGGGGGCUCUCCGCGUAGCUCCGUCGACAAUUCGAGUCGGCCAUCCAUGGAAAGAAAGUCGACUGAUUCGAGGGCUGCCGAUAAAGAGGAUGUUUCUACUUCUGAGUCUGCCGUUACCGAACCGGAGAAGGAGGCCACAAAAUCCACAGACAAGACCAAGACCAUAGAGGCUGCUGAAUUCACACCUGAGACGACAGCUGAGGAGCCUGCGCAGACUGAUGCUGAGGGUGAAGAAGCUGUAGCUGAAACAGACUCGCAUGCACCAACAUCUGCUGAGCCUGCAGCCGGAGCCCCUGACCAAGAGACCUCUGCUGCGCCGGAGACAGAGGAUGGGGGUGCCACAGUCUCGCCCAACGAGAUUGAGCAAUUAAAAAUAAACCACCAGCAAGAGGUUCAGGAAUACGUUGAGAGAAUAGAUUCAUUAGAAUCCAAGCUGCAAUACCUAGCCAAGUCAGCUGCCGAAUCUGCUCAGAAGGCCGCUAAUGCUGCUCCUUCUGGCAGCAUGGAAAGCAAACUCGCUGGAAAGGACGAAAAGAUUGCCCUGCUCAUGGAAGAGGGCCAGAAGCUUGCCACCGGAGAGCAGAAAUACCGAACCAUAAUCAAGAAGCUACGACAGCAACUCGCCGACUCAGAGAAGCAGAAUGGAGAACUCAACAAAAUCAAGGAGAAGGCUGCCGCCGAUGCCGCCGCACUGCGCACGCGGCUAAACAGUAGCGAAGAAAAGGAAAAACGACAGGAAGAAAUGCGCAAGGCAACUGCCGGUCUGCAAAAAGAGAUUGAUAGUCUAAAGAAGGAGAAAACGACACGAGACGAGACGGUUCGCAAGCUCGAGCGCGAUCUCAAAACCAAAACGGACGAGGCUAGCAAGGCUGCGACUCUCAGCAAGACCCUCGCUGCAGAGCGGGAAAAGUUCAAGACUCAAGAGGAAAGUCACGCGGCAUUGCGCGCCGAAAAAGAAACGCUUGAGGAAAAGGCCGAGCAAGACCGCAUCGAGUGGAGCGAAAAGCUGGACCGUGCAGUCGAGCGUGGGCGCUCUGCACAGAAUGAGCUGCGAGUUGAGAUGAAAGCUAUGGAGACAAAGCUCGAGAUGAUGCGCACGCAGGCCGAAGAGGCAACGUCAGGUUCCGGCGGCGAAGCGCAGGUGAAACUGCUUCGCCAGAUUGAGACCUUGCAAUCACAGUAUGCGUCCGCGAGCAGCAACUGGCAGUCGAUGGAGUCUUCGCUUCUAGCCAAGCUGUCGAACCUGGAAAAGGAGAGAGACGAGGCACAAAAACGCGAGUCUGAGAUGCGGAAGAAGGCCCGUGACUCGACGACACGGGCUAGAACGCUCGACGAAGAGUUGCAAGAUGUCCAGCCUGCUCUGACCAAGACAAGGGAGCAGCUCGAAAACGUCCGCAACGAACUCGCCGCGCUAAAAACGUCGUCCAAGGCCACUGAGGAGGCGCUCGACCAAGCCCGCUCCGACCUUGAGAGAGAGCAGCGCACAAAGAGCCGCGACUUUGCCGCGCAGCAAACCGAGUGGACAGAAGAUGCCGUUCGCGUGGACAAGAUGGAUAGCAGGCCUGAGUCGCCGGUCCCCGGCAACAUCUCUCGCACCUUUAGCACCGACCUUGCCAGCUUAGGCGGCCUGCCUCUUCCGUACCGCCAACGCACGACGCCAUUGUCGGGCAGCAUCCCCGAUACAGAUGCCCGCCCACGCUCACGACGACCGUCGGCCCAGCCGCCAUUCCGCCUGGCCCCAGCGAGCCCGAAUCCUGGCGCCGGGGGCGCCCCCCCGGCUCCCUUCUCGCCCUUCCCGCAGUCCAGCGAGCUUGGUAGCAACCACCCGCUCUCGCCGCCCGCCGUGGAUGAGGAUGCGGAGAACGGCGGCCUGCUGGGCAUGGACGAUACCAUUCCUUCGUCCCCGCGCCAGCCGGCCCCGGACAUGAUUUCCAUGUCAACAGUCGCCGCGGGCCCCUCCGUGCAGCUCGUCGAGCGCAUGAGCGCCGCGAUCCGCCGGCUGGAAGCCGAAAAGGUGGCCGCCAAGGAGGAGAUGGCACGCGUGUGCAACCAGCGCGACGAGGCGCGCACCGACAUGGUCGGACUGAUGAAGGAGCUGGAAGAGGCCAAGACGGCGUCGGCGCGCGUACCGGACCUGCAGGAGCAGGUGGGCGAGCUCGACGCGCGGUACCAGACGACGCUGGAAAUGCUGGGCGAGAAGAGCGAGUUGGUGGAGGAGCUGCGCUCGGAUGUGCAGGACCUCAAGGCCAUGUACCGCGAGCUUGUCGAGCAGACAAUGAAAUAG